AUGAACAAGUUCUCUCCCAUUCGUCAAGCACUGGCUCGUCAGCCUCUCCCCAGACAAGCUUUUCCUCACCAAACAACGCGAUAUGUCCCAGUAGCUAUUCGAACAUUUCACAACACUCCUUCUCAGCGCAAUGCGGCGCUCGGCCAGCCUCAUCUUCUACCAGAGUUCAGCCUCAAAGACAAAGUCAUUGUCGUCUCGGGAGGCGCAAGAGGUUUAGGUCUUGUUCAGAUUGAAGCUCUUCUUGAAGCCGGAGCUACCGUCCAUGCCGUUGAUAGAUUGCCCUCACCAGCUGAAGAUCCCAAGUCCAACUUCUCGCAAGUCUCUAACCGAGCCCGUGAACUCGGUACCUCACUUCACUACCAUCGAGUCGAUGUAAGAGACGUUCCAGAUCUCAAUCGCAUUUUUGAAGAUAUCGCCAAUGGCGCAGGUCGCCUGGAUGGUCUCAUCGCUGCUGCGGGUAUCAACCACGAAACGCCAGCAAUUGACUACUCGAUGGAGGAGACCGAACGAAUGAUGAGCAUCAACUUUACUGGGGCUUUCAUGACUGCCCAAGCAGCUGCUCGUCAGAUGAUUCGUCUUAAACAGCCUGGAAGUAUUCUCAUGAUUGCCAGUAUGAGUGCAACUAUCGCCAACAAAGGCAUGCUAGCACCCGUGUAUAACCCCUCCAAAGCUGCUGUUGUCCAGCUCGCCCGUAAUCUUGCCAUGGAAUGGGGAGAAUACGGUAUCCGUGUCAAUACCCUCUCUCCCGGCUACAUUCUAACCCAGAUGCUUCAAAAUCUCUUCAACGACUAUCCUGAUCGUCGCGAGAAGUGGCCCAAAGAGAAUAUGCUCGGUCGUCUAAGCACUCCAGAAGAGUAUCGUGGUGCUGCUGUCUUUCUUUUGAGCGAUGCAAGUAGCUUCAUGACGGGUGCUGACCUUCGCAUGGAUGGUGGCCAUGCUGCGUGGUAG